GCGCUCUCCGCUCAGACCUAGAAAAUAAAACGCGCUCCAGUCUUUCCAAAACCUACCACGCUUCCUUUCCCUUUCCCUGAACAAAACUACGUAAGAUCUCGCGUAUUUCACAUCUAUUUGUCCACGAAGUCUUCGAAACCGCAAUAUAUACUCUCCUGCUCUAUAUCGUCAUAAGAUGUCGGCUCUAGAUGGUAUAGACGCCGCCUUACGCGCGGUGUUUCCCACCGCCAAAGAGCGCAGAAUGUCCUUGAGCCGCGCGUUCAAGGCAGUCAAUGACGGCGGAUAUUAUCCCACGGCCUUCCGGAGCGCCAAGUUAAUAUCUUUAGUCUUCGGCGAGGACGAAGACGGCGUCUUCUUAUUUAAGAAGACUAAAAUGACAUAUAAGAAACUCUGCAACAUAUUCCAAAUGGAAAUGGCAUUCUUGCUAUUGCCCAGUUUCUCGAUGACUCGGAGAUCAAGGAUGAGCCUCUUCCACUUGGUAAGUGCCACCAGUGAGGACGCAUAUGCCCUUAUAAGACUCUGGGACCCUCUUUUGUGCCUUUGCCUCCUCAUAGGCGCGACUCUUGGACGAUGGAGCUUUGCGAGGGCCUGAUGGUGUUUUAAGUGUGGUUUUGAGCCGCUUUGGCUUUGGGAGGCCGGAAGACUCCUCAUCAUCAUUAUCGUUGUCCUUAUCGAUAGAGGUAGCGCCGCUAGUAGGGGUAGUACCGGGCUUCUUGCUCUCAUUCCA